AUGCAUCCAGACUCCAGCACUGAGUUCGACUCAUCGUCCAGCUGUAGCACAGCAUCGCCUGGCGGGGACACCCAGCAUUCUCCUGACUCGCUUUUAUCAUCAGUGGACAGCACCAAGGAUGCUGAGACCAGUGCAUCGGACUCCUUUGUUCCGACUGUGACUGCAAUCUCAAGCUCGCCGGAUCUAAGGUGGAUGGUGCAGCCGACGGUCAUCACAUCUGUCUCUCCGUCGUCCGGCCGUGCAAAGACUAAAAGUCGCGGCUCGACCCAGUUGUCUUGCCCGGCAGGUGCAAACAAGGCAAAGCCCUCCAACAGGAAAGCGCUGAAAGACAAGCCUUCCAAAGAGGAGGAGGGAAGGAGGAGGAUCAGGAGGGAGAGGAACAAAAUUGCUGCAGCAAAGUGUCGUAACAGACGGAGGGAGCUGAUCGACACUCUGCAGGCUGAAACGGACCAGCUCGAAGACGAGAAAUCUGCCCUCCAGGUGGAGAUAGUCGACCUGCUGAAGGAGAAGGAGAGGCUGGAGCAGGUUUUAGUCUCCCACAAACCAUCCUGCAAACUCCCUGCAAAUGACGGUGACAAGGAGGAGGAGGAGGAGGAGGAGGAGGAGGAGGAGGAGGAUAAAGAAGAUGAUGUUGACAUCAUGCUGCAGGAUCCUCCGGCCUCCCCGCAGCUGCUGUCCAUCUUUGAGGAUGGCAAACCCCCGGAGAGCAACACAGCCAUCGGGGAAGCCUCCAUUGGUCAAGACAUGGACAGUGUCCCCAUCAUCCCCGCUGCAGCCAUUUUGGGGAACUCCAACAUCCUCCUGUGUUCGAGUGCAGAGGAGGAGGCUCUGGAGGACCUAAAAGGAGACGACCUGGACGACUUGGUGCCCAGCCUAGAGAUGGCAUUGACUCCAGACAUGUCUUCCCCAGUCCCUGACAUAGACCUGAGCGGCCCCUUCUGCCUCUCAGACUGGGAAACCCUUUACAAGUCUGUGGCAAAUGACCUUGAGUCUUUGAGCACACCAAUGUCCUCCAGUCCCACUUGUAGCAAUUACCGCACAGUGUUUUCCUUUAAUUACUCCGAGAUUGAUUCCUUGGCGGAGGGCUUUGAGAGCCUCAAAGGCAGCCUUGGUGCAUCUGAGUUAAUGAAAGAUAGUCUUAACUCUCCAACACUUCUGGCCUUGUGAAUGCAAAGAAGUUAUGCAACGAUACUGUUAUUGUAUUCUAAAACCGCCAGCAAGCUAUAUGAUCUCUCUCUCGCUCUCUUAAAAACAAUGUUUUGUAG